AUGGCGACACAAAAUAGUCAAGAAUUAAAAUUACUUUUUACUGUAUUCGAUGUUGAUAAUAGUGGAACAUUAACAAAAGAAGAACUUAAACAAUUACUUCAAUCACCUGAUCCGGAUGGUCCUGCAGUUUCAGAAGAACAAGUUACUGAAUAUUUAAGACUUGCUGAUACUGAUAAUAGUGGUGAUAUUUCCAUGGAUGAAUUUAUAACCUUUAUAAAUAAUAACGUUCCACAAGGUGCAUAUGGUUUGAAAAGUAUAUUUCGAACAAUUGAUAAAAGUGGUGAUGGUUUUAUUGAAAAAGAUGAAUUUGAACAAGUAAAGAAAACGAAUCAAAAUUUGAAUCAAAAUUUAAUUAAUAUAUUUGAUAAAAAAUUUGAACAUGAUGCAGUUAGUAAAAUUACCUAUGAACAAUUUGUUGAAAGUGUCAAUGAAUAUUGCAACAGUCUCAAUUAA